AUGUCGACCAAAAGAAACCUGCAAGAGGUGGUGAAUUCGAACGCGACUAAAACACAAAAUAAAAGACCAAGAUGGCCAAAAAGCGGCGCACACGAAAGAGAAAACUCUGUCGAAUGGGAAUUACUUUUUACUAGUUUCCCGUCAACCAAUUCACCCAACAACCCAGACGGUAAUAUGUCUCCGUGCACAAGGUUAUGCGUGGAAGAAGUAGAACUCGCCGAUUAUGCGACUCACAAAAUCAUGAAUAACGAAAACGUCAACAAAAACUCGUUAAUAUUAAUGAAUGGAAACCGCCACAAUAAUCCGCAUAACGAGAGCGAACUUUCAUCAUUUUCUUCUUCACCUGCUUCAUCAUCUGAAUAUCAACUUUCUGAUACUUCUGACGGGGAUAACGCGGACGACGAACUUGAUUCUGAAGGUGAUUCUGAUUGUCAAAUAACAACAUAUCCGCGAAAAAAAAUGUGUGGAGCAAUGUGGCGCCCGGAAUGUCGUCGUGCUGGUCGAUGUACUUGCUACGAAAGGUCGAUGAUGUAUGAAAAUGAGUUAUAUUAUCAAGAAUAUUCAAGCGACGACGACGACAACAGAGAUUCUAUGUGUGAUCGAUAA